UUAUUCACUAUUUUUAGCUGACGAAGGGAAGAAUCUUUUUAUCUACUACUUUGCCACGUCCACUACUCUUUCAAAUUUCUCAACAACCACAGCAACAACCUCCAUCUCCAGCAUUACCGCCGAUCUGCCUCGAAUUCUCUCACUUCUUUUAUUGCUAUUAUCCUUUGCCUUCUAGCCUAUCUUCUUCUAUCAUUUACUUCCUUUAAUAUAUCGAUAAGUCUGCUAGUAUUCUAUUAUGGCUCCAAGAGGCCGUAAGCAACACCAACGUGGUGAGGAGGUCCAUGUUGUUGGUGACGCCAACAACCAUGCAUUCAAAGCUCAAGCGGUCAACAGCAGAAAGAGACCAAUCAAACCUCAACCUUCAACUGAUAAAGAUGCAAUUGCAAUUGAAUCUGAUGAUGAACCACCCAGAAAAGCUCGUCCAGGUAUGCAAUAAUCUCCAAGUAUCUGUUUCCUUCGUCAGAUCAUGCAGAUACUAAGUAUAGCUUCGAUUUUAAGUAACUAACUUCUGAAUAGACCCACACUCAUCAGCAGCGAAGCUCCGUGCGCCUAAGCAAGAGGAAAGACCAACCGAAUCCAGGCAAGAGUCAGAAAUCGUCAUCUCCCCAGAAAUCAUUGCACGCCCAAACGUGCUUCCAACAAAACUUUUGCAGCCAUUCGCAGAUGCUGAUGCUGAUGUAUAUAUCGUACUCAUUCAUAAGAGCCACAGGUAUUCAUACAGGAUGCACUCGCAUAUAUUGAGGCGUGCCUCAUCUUGGUUUGAUUGGGAACUAUAUGGGGAGUUCGGCGAUGAAGUGGGCCCGAAAGUGGCAGCUGUGAUCACUAAAGAGACUGGAAUCAAAUACAGAUUUGAAAUCAUAUUUGAUGCUAAACGCAAACACCAUGUAUUGGAACGCACGGUAAGAGGCUUCUUUUUACCGCUAACAUCAUGCACUAUGGUUUGAAAUUUGACAAAUCGGACUAAUUUCUACAGGGACUCACAAAGUAUAAGAAUCAGCCACAGGCGAUCACUAGUAGCGCAAAUGGACAUUCACUUCCUACGAAUAGUACAUGCCACACUCGUGACUCGUCAUUAUUUUUACCACAAUAUGAUGGCUCCUUCGAAGAUGUUGAAAUGGGGAAUAUGGCUGGCGACCUUGAAGCAGCUGUUCAUCUUGAUAACCCGAGUUCCAUUUCAUUCCCUAGUAAUCUUCAGCCAUCUUUUCAGCCAUCUCUGCAGCCAUCUCUGCAGCCAUCUCUUCAGCCAUCUCUCCAUAACCAAGCCAACGCACAUCAAGAGAAAGGAGAUAGCAUCAAGCUAGAGGAAGAUAUAGCCGUUCAAUCGGAUAGUGUUGAGCUUACUUCCCAAACACAAAAGGCUAUGGGGGAGCAGGUCGUUACGCCGCCUUCAAGCCCCACCAAAGCAGGAGCUAGAACUGAAACGGACCACAUGAUUUCUGAAAAGCCUCAAGUCUACCUAAGCACCAAGACUUCUCAUGAAGGAGAUACUACCACGGCACUCGAGGCUACUAUGAAAGCAGAGGUUAGGCCCGAGGAAAAGAUGUUCUCAGAAACCCUUCCAAUUGCAGGAAAUUUGCCAGAAAGGCAACUUGAUAUUGAAAUUGAAAAUGCAAAUGACAAGAUUGAUGAACAAUGUCAGCCAAAAAUUCAGCCUAACCAGUUUCCAUCAAAUCACCAAGUUUUUCCUGAAGAACAGCUUCAGGCUACUGUCUUUUCGGAAAGUCCGAUAGAACCGGAAAUCAGGGUUGAGGAAAAGCAGAAAGUAACGAACUCAAUGUCACAAGUAUUUCCAAGCAUUAGAACAUCGCCUGAAAACCAGAUUGAUGUUGCUCCCGAUGAAAAUUUGAUUGUCGAAGAGCCACAACAACGCAACAGUCAAACUAUCCAAGUUCUUGCUGCUCACGUUGCCCCUGCCAGACACACCGAAGCACCUGUCAAUGCAAGUUUGAAAAUCGAAGGGCCAAAGCAGGGGCCAAAACGCUUUCCACAAAUGUCACUGGGUGCUCAAGAGCCGCCGGAAAAAGAAGCUGAGGUUCGUAUGAACGGCAAAUCAACCGCUGAGAAAAAGCAACAACCCAAGAUUGAUCCAAUUAUGGACGAACCGUCUUUUGAUAAUCAUUCUGCUCCUAAGACUGUACUCCCUACCACGGAGAAGCCAAACAAUAAUACUUCAAACCAGGGCACACUAGGACAACAAGUUACAACACUACAUCACGAUGUUCUCGAGGCAUACCACUCUCUCUUCCUCUGCUACUACAAUUGUCCUCCCACGAUCUCUACGGCGGAUGUGUCAAAUGCGAUGAAACAGUCCAACCUAUUGAUCAAGGUCGCUACACUCUACGACUCACUGAAGAUUGUUAGACCUCAUAUAAUUGCCUCCCUCCUUUCUCAAGGCCGCAAUCUCUACUCAGCCAUUCGUCAAGACCCUCCUCGUUUCCUGAUUUUGGCAGACAAGCUACAAUGCACCACCAUCUUCAAGGAAGCCCUUGUACACAUCGUUGGACAAUUACCUUCAUGGCCAUGGCCCACACCACAAGAUCGAAUUGAUGAUGCGCUCGGCAAAUUUAUCAACAAGAAAACCCACGAUCUUCAAAAGAAGAAACAUAAAGUCACUGACGCCCUUUUCCAAAGCUGUCUCGUAAAGGAUGGUGCGAGAGUUAGUAUCAAUAAUUUGGACAAGACGACCUUUGAUUUGUGGGUUAUGGUACAAAUCUGGCACGACUGGUUCUCUCAACAGUUACACAGAUGCGCUCAUGCUCAACUCCAGGAAUACGCGAGCGUAGAGAAGAGCAUGUAUAAUUUGCUGGCUCAAGGUGGUGAUGCUUAUCUCCAGAUCGAUGAUGUUAUGUCAAUGGUUGAACAAUUCAAAACCGUAUCGGAGACCAGAGAGUGGGGACAUUGGGAAAAGGACGAAGUUGAGUUGCAGCUGAAUAUUAUGAAGGAAUAUGCUGCGAAGAAGGUAAAGGGUCUGAUGGUCAAUGAGUUGAUGGGUGACGGCAGUGGAGUUAAUGGCGAACUCGCAUAUCUCACUUGCACCAAGGUCGAUGACUAUGAGUUGCCCUGGGCUGUAAGUCAGGUUAUCGAAAACUAGAGCUAGAAUUGGAAAUGGAGCGAAGUAUCGGAACGAGUGCGUGGGGCAGCGGGAAUCCGGAGCUGUUUAACACUGCAGAAGGUAUUUAAUGGUAGGAAACUACUUGUGCAAGCAGGCUUUUUUAGCCUAUGAAUAUUCUGACGCAAGUAA